GUACCGAAGGAUUGUGUCUAACAACUGCACAGAUGGCUUGCGAGAGAAGUACAAGGCCAAGAGGGAGAAAUGCCCUGGAAAAGCUCCUCGGGGACUGCACAUCCUCACUAGUGAUGGAAAGUUGAUUAUGGAGCAGGGACGCAAUGCUACCUUCAUCAUCCUUAUGGAAGAGGGUGAUCUCCAAAGGACAAACAUUCAGCUUGAUUUUGGAGAUGGCAUUGCAGUAUCCUAUGCUAAUUUCAGCCCUGUUGAGGAUGGCAUUCGGCAUGUGUAUAAGAGUGCUGGAAUCUUUCAGGUGACAGCAUAUGCAGAGAACAGCCUGGGCUCUGACACUGCUGUCCUCUUCCUGCAUGUGGUCUGCCCACUGGAACACGUCCACCUGAGUGUCCCCUUUGUCGCCAUCAGAAAUAAGGACGUCAACAUCACUGCAGUAGUUUGGCCUAGCCAGGCAGGCACACUUACCUACUUCUGGUGGUUUGGCAACAGCACCAAGCCUCUCAUCACCUUGGAGAGCAGCAUCUCAUACAUCUUCGCUGUGGAGGGGAUGAACACUGUCACUGUGCAAGUUGCUGCGGGCAACACCCUCAUCCAAGACACCAAGGAGGUCGCAGUGCAUGAGUAUUUCCAGUCUCAGCUCCUGUCAUUUUCUCCCAACUUGGACUACUAUAACCCUGACAUCCCUGAAUGGAGACAAGACAUUGGCAAAGUCAUCAAAAGAGCUCUAGCACAGGUGACUGGUAUCCCUGAUGAACAGAUCUUGGUAGCUGUGUUUCCUGGGCUGCCUACUUCUGCUGAACUCUUCAUACUGCCUCAUAAAAACACAACAGAGAGGAGGAAAAGCAGUGAGGCUGAUCUGGAGCAAGUGGUAGAAAUCCUUUUUAAUGCUCUCAACCAGAACCUGGUCCAGUUUGAAUUGAAGCCUGGUGUUGAAGUCAUCGUGUAUGUUACUCAGUUAACAUUAGCACCCCUUGUUGAUUCCAGCACGGGUCAUAGCAGUUCGGCGAUGCUGAUGUUGUUGUCUGUGGUGUUUGUAGGCUUGGCUGUUUUUUUAAUCUACAAAUUCAAGAGGAAAAUCCCUUGGAUUAACAUCUAUGCCCAAGUUCAGCAUGAUAAGGAGCAGGAGAUGAUUGGCUCUGUCAGCCAAAGCGAAAAUGCCCCCAAAAUCACUCUGAGUGAGUUCACAGACCCUGAGGAGCUGAUGGACAAAGAGCUGGACACACGAGUGAUGGGAAGCAUCUCAACAAUUGCCAACAGUGAAAGCACAAAGGAAAUCCCCAACUGCACUAGUGUUUAA